AUGGCAUCGGAGGGGCGGCGGGAGCCCGCGGCCGAGGGCAUCAAGUUGUCAGCAGAUGUCAAACCAUUUGUCCCCAAAUUUGCUGGGCUCAAUGUGGGAUGGUCAGACUCUUCAGAAGCGCGAGUUUUCCCCAGCUGUGCAGCCACCCCGUACUAUCCAUGUGCCCAGGAGCUAGCAGUGCCUGAACAGAAACUCUAUACUGACGAUAUGGCUUUUGGAGCUUCAGCUUUUCCAUCUCAGUAUUUCUCUUCUGAGAUCCCUCUUCAUCCAUAUGCCUACUCUCCCUACACCCUGCAGUCACCACAAAAUGUUUGCCCAGUGUCUGGCUCCCCAUAUGAUGACAACCAACCCAGUUGUUUUGGAGGUUUUCAAACAGUGAAGCCACGAAGUGAACACACAUGCCUUCUCCCACAAGACACAAAAGCUGUGUUUAAGAAGAAAACCUAUGGUGAACAAAAGUUUGACAGUAAGAAGGCUGAUGGACCUCUAUCAUCUGAUUUCAAAUCAGUCAAAAGUUCACCUCGUGUGUCCAUUCAUGCUGAGAAUAGUUUGAAAUCAGAUGGUUAUUAUAAACGAACAGACAGGAAAUCCAGAGUCAUUGAAAAGAGUGGAUCUGCCUCCAAACCUGAGUUUGGAUUUACCAGGUUGGAUUUUCCUGAACUGCAGAGUCCGGAGAACAGUGAGAUACCAGAGAUACAAAAGCAGCCUAAGUGGGGGCCUUUACGCUCCACCCCUACCAACAUUGCUCUUCUCAGAGAAGUGGGGACACCCUCUGCAGUGUUAUCAGAGGGUGAAAUAGUGGUGAAAAAUAAUAAUCGGACUGAGUCUGUAACCGAUAAUGCUGUUACCAAUCCCUCUUCAUGUAUGAGAGAAUUAUCUUGGACACCAAUGGGUUAUGUUGUUCGGCAGACAUUAUCUACAGAACUGUCACCAGCCCCUAAAAAUGUUACUUCCAUGAUAAACCUAAAGAUGGUUGCUUCACCAGCAGAUCCUAAAAAUGAUAGUAUGUCAUCUUCUGAAGUUUUAUCUUUGGAGCCUUCCUACAAAGAGAAACACGUUGUCCACCUUACUGAAAAGUCCAAAGCAUCACAAGGUGGCACUCCUGAGCAAAAUGAAGCCUCAAGAAAGAAUAAGAAAAAGAAAGAAAAGUCUAAAUCAAAAUAUGAAGUCCUGACAGUUCAAGAGCCACCAAGGAUUGAAGAUGCCGAGGAAUUUCCCAAUCUGGCAGUUGCAUCUGAAAGAAGAGACAGAGUAGAGUCACCGAAAUUUCAGUCUAAGCGGCAGCCACAGAAUAAUUUUAAAAGUAGUAGAAAGAAAAGCCAGAUUCCAGUACAGUUGGAUUUGGGAGGCAUGCUAACUGCACUGGAAAAGAAGCAGCACUCCUCAAAUGCAAAGCAGUCCUCCAGACCCGUGGUGUUCUCAGUUGGGGCAGUGCCCGUCCUCUCCAAAGACUCCAUGUCAGGGAAGAAGGGCCAUCGCCUUGCCCAGGUGAAGACCCCGCACAACCCGCUAGACUCCACUUCUCCCAUGAUGAAGAAAGGGAAGCAGAGGGAGGUCCCCAAGGCCAAGAAGCCGACCCCGUUGAAGAAGAUUAUUUUGAAAGAACGGCAAGAGAGAAAGCAGCAGCGUCUCCAGGAAAAUGCUCUGAGCCCAGCUUUUACCAGUGACGAUGUGCAGGAUGAAGAGAGUGGCGGUGACGACCAGGUCCUCAGGCCGCUUGACGUCUUAGGGGAAACGAAAGAGUCUGUGUCCUGUGUUCCUGUGGCAGAGAGCAAGUCAGAGGAGCAGCUGGGAGCUGAGCCCCAGAAGGAGACGGAGUCCUGCCCCAAGAUCCACAGCCGGCGGUUCAGGGACUACUGCAGCCAAAUGCUCAGUAAAGAAGUUGACGCCUGUGUUACGGACCUGCUGAAAGAGCUGGUUCGUUUCCAAGAUCGUAUGUACCAGAAAGAUCCAGUCAAGGCUAAGGCCAAACGCCGACUUGUAUUGGGGCUGAGGGAAGUCCUCAAACAUCUGAAGCUCAGAAAGUUGAAAUGCAUCAUCAUCUCUCCAAACUGUGAGAAGAUACAGUCGAAAGGUGGGCUAGACGACACCCUGCGCACCAUCAUUGACUACGCCUGUGACCAGAACAUCCCCUUUGUGUUUGCUCUCAACCGCAAAGCUCUGGGGCGCAGCCUGAACAAGGCUGUUCCCGUCAGCGUGGUGGGCAUCUUCAGCUACGACGGGGCCCAGGACCAGUUCCACAGGAUGGUGGAGCUGACGAUGGCGGCCCGGCAGGCCUACAGGACUAUGCUGGAGAGUGCACGCCAGGAGCCGCUGGGUGAGCUCGGCCCCUGCACCCCCACCAGCCCACCCAGUCAGGGCCCCAGCUGCCCUGCGGAGGACAGCCCCCUGGCCCCCACUGGAAAAGAGGAGCCACACUACAUUGAAGUCUGGAGAAGCCAUCUGGAAGCGUACAGCCAGUGUGCCCUGGAGCUGGAGGAAUCGCUGGAGGCUUCAACCUCUCAGAUGAUGAACUUGAAUUUAUAA